AUGACUAGUAGAACUGGCCAUGCCAUCAUUACUCGAUACUCGAUAAACUUUUUCAUUUUUCACACGUGGCGAUCCAGAUCUCCAGAAGCCACAUCCGAAAAUGCGUCGUCAUCGCCGCGCCAACAGGGAGAAGAAGCUCAGAAAAUUUUGGAUGGAGAAGGCACAAAGAAGAAGAAGCUUGAAUUCAAUCUCCGUCAAAGCUGCUUGAAGAAGAUGCACCUCCUCAUCAGAUCAUCCUCUUCUCUUCCAUUCACCUGCAACAACUCCUCCUUCACACUCUACAAACGAUUCCACUUCCUCAAGCCAUCUUCUUCCCUCAAACAGACCAAUAAUAAGAAAAAACAGAAACAGUCUCUCCCUCCCUCCACCGCCCCUCCUCCCCACACUCUCCGCUGGCUCUUCAGUCCUAAAUCAAGUGACGACGAAGACGUUAAAUCCUCCUCGGAUGAAGACAGUGACGGAUCGGAUGGAGAUGCUGCUAUUAAAGGUACGAUUCUUGCCGGAGCUUUGCUGAUUGGUUCCGUUGGUGGAUUCGCCGGCGUUGGUUACGUCUACAGGGAUCAGAUCAAUACCUUUCUCACUCAAUUCUCUACUCUAAUCGAAGGUUAUGGUCCAGCUGGAUAUGCACUCUUCAUUGCCGUGUAUGCUGCAAUUCCAGCUCUCCCGUUGACCAUGUCGGCUGGUCUUCUCUUCGGUUCUCUUGUUGGCACUAUCAUAGUUUCCAUAAGUGGAACUAUGGCUGCUAGUGUUGCUUUUCUGAUUGCGAGAUACUUUGCUAGAGAACGUAUCCUUAAGUUAGUUGAAGGCAACAAGAAGUUCCUGGCCAUUGAUAAAGCCAUUGGUGAAAAUGGGUUUAGGGUUGUUACCCUCCUUCGUCUUAGCCCUCUCCUUCCUUUCUCUCUUGGCAAUUACCUCUACGGCUUGACUUCUGUCAAGUUUGUGCCUUAUGUAUUUGGAAGCUGGUUGGGUAUGCUUCCAGGGUCUUGGGCUUAUGUUAGUGCUGGGGCUUUUGGACGAGCUAUCAUUCAAGAAGAAUCUAAUGUUGGAUUGCCUGGAGGAAACGGCCAGCUUCUAACGCUAGGGUUGGGUUUGUUGGUAACUGCAUUGGCUGCAACAUAUGUGACACGCCUUGCAAAGGAUGCUAUAAAGGAUAUUGAUGAUGAGUAA